AUGGCAGUAGAUACUAGCUACCUGACCACUCAGGUCAACAACAUCGUUGAGCAGCUUCAUGGCAUCUACGACGAGAUUGGAGUCCCUGCGCGUGAGCGCGACUCGCGCGAAGCAGAGCUCUUUAGCGCCCUAUCAGAGACCUUGAAUAACCAUCUCAAAGUUGUUGAUCAGGAGAGAGAAGAUAUGACACAGGAAGCACAGCGCCUCAUCACCGAAAUUCAACAAAUGGAGUCGUCUCUGAGCGAUGAGAGGGCGAAUGGUCAAUACGAGCUCAACCGUGACGACCUCCGCAUCACUUUCCCGCUUAACAGGUGUAUUGCAUUUCUGCGCGAGAAGAACGAAGCCAUGAGCAAGUUGCACCGCGAACGCUUUGAGCAAGUUAGAAAACUUGUUGAUGCACUUGAGUCUUAUUCAUCACAUCUCGAGCCUUCCUUUGUUAAGCUCGAGCUCCCUCCCACCGAACCAGGCUCCUCGAUUCCACCAAGCUUUGACCUCUCUCCAAUGUAUGUCACAGCAUUAGAUGCCGAAUUCACCCACGUCUACGAAGAAUACCACCGCCGCAUUGCUCAGGUCCAGUCCGCAUGUGAAGAAAUGAUCAAGCUCUGGGCUGAGCUCGGAACGCCCCAGGCGCAAACAGAUUCAACUAUCGUCAAGUGCUAUCGCGAAUCACCUGAACAACUUGGGCUGCACGAGUCAGACGUUGCCAACCUCAUGGCCAAGCGCAACAAAUUGGUGGAAGAAAAGAAGGCACGUGAACGCAAGAUCACCGAUCUACGGACGACUGUCGUUUCUCUUUGGGAUCGAUUUGGUGUUGAGGAAGCUGAUCGCAAGGCAUUUCUGGCUGCGAAUCGUGGCUGCGGUUUGCGCAUUAUUAACGACCUCGAGGAAGAAUUGACUCGUCUCAAUGAACUCAAGCGACAGAAUCUUCACUUGUUUGUUGAAGAUGCUCGCUGCCGACUGCAAGAGCUAUGGGACAGCCUCUUUUUCUCCGAAGAGGAAAUGCUCGACUUCACCCCUGCAUUCUCGGACGUGUGCAGCGAUGCUUUACUUGAAGCCCAUGAGGCGGAAAUCAUACGAUUGGAAACACUCAAGGAGCAGCGCGCUCCUACGUUGGAGAUGAUCGACCGACACCGCACUCUUCUGACGGACCGCGAGGCGCUUGCAACUUCAAGCCAGGACGCUUCUCGCUUGAUGGGUCGUGGAAACAAGGGAGAGAAGCGAGAUCCCGGGAAACUAUUGAGAGAGGAGAAGCUUCGGAAGAGAAUCGCAAAGGAAUUGCCUAAACUCGAAGCCGAUCUGCGCAAAGAGCUGGAACACUGGGAGGACGAAUUUGGUCGGCCCUUCCUCGUACACGGAGAACGAUACCUUGAUGCUCUGACUCCAGUCAGGUCAAUGCCUCCGCCACGCUCAAAGACCCCAUCUGUCCCGCCUUCCACCACCAAGUCUGGCACCCUCCGACAACAGCCUCCCUCUAGACCCGGCAGCUCAAUGAGAGGACCCCCUCCUCCUCGUUCAGCUACCAAAACACCCACUAGCAGCGGCCCUGUCAAGCACAACACCAUUGGAUAUGGAGCCUCCCGAGCUGGAGCCACGUCACGAGCUGGAGCAACAUCUCCUUCAAAGCUCCCGGCGCGUGUUCCGUUGGGAAAUAUGCCACAAGGAAACAACUCGCCUGAGCGCCGUGCUGUACCUGGGAGCUAUUCAUCGAGCACGCUCAAUGGGAAGAUGCCGCCCCCUCGAGGCCCUCCCCCACGGAUGCGUGCGUUGACUGUGGAAUCAAGAGAGGAUCGCUUCAGCCACCUCAUGGAGCCCCCUCGAUGCAACAGUGCCAUGUCCAGCGCCUAUGUACGGCCUGUUAGCCCGGAAGAUGUUUAUGAUGAUCGCCAACGAUCCUUCAUGAGCACAUCAGGCUUCUCCAAUUCCCAAAGAUCUACCGGAUUCUCCCAUUCAUCCCACUCAUCCCACUCAUCCUUGUCCUUGAACAAUCCUGCUCAGAACUUCCCCCGACCCAACCCAUAUCUGCAGCACGCAGCUCCACCUCCCGCUGCCAGACAAGUCUCCAAUUCAUCUACAGUCAACACUGCCACUUCCGGCUCUGAAAAUUGGGAGACUUUCGAGGAUGGAUCGGAGUCUGAAGUUGACCCUAGUGAUAUUUACUUCUCCAAGCUUCGUGCUGCACAAGGGGGCAAGCGAUUUGCGCCAGAGGACAGCUCAGAUCUCAUCGGAAAGAAGGCCAAGGGUAUCCGAAGUGUCAGUCCGGAUGGUCCGCAUCCCGGGCAGGUCCUGCGCGUUGCUGGCAGCGACACCGAAUGGACUGACGACUACGAAACUUAUUAA